GGGGGAGCGCCUGGCCGACAUGAGUGAUGUAGAGGAGAACAACUUCGAGGGCAGAUGAGCGGCCGCGUCUCUGUUGGAACCGGCGGCGUUGCGCCUAUAAAGGCGACAAGCCUUGAGGUUGAAGGUGGGACGAGCCUAAGGAAGUGGUUAAUGUUCGUGAAGAAAUUGAAGAGUUUUUUCCAAGAAUGUGGAAGAUAAAUCAAGAUAAAAGAAGGCUAAUGAAAAGUAUUAAAGAUCAGAAAAUUAAAAUUGAAUGGGGGAAAAAAUUGAACAGAAGAUUGGUCAGAUAGAAGCACUUGAAUAUUUUUUUAAGGCUAUUUUGAAUUGUUUGGGGAAGAAUACACGAAGUAUGAAAAAUGAAAAACUCAAUGAAGAAUGAAGAGAAGUAGAAAGCAAGAGUGAAGUAGAAUUAAAAGAAUCUGGAAGAAUGAAUGGGUCCUAGGUUAAGUAAAUGUAUGGUUUAUGUUCCAGUGUCUGUAUGAUCAAGUUGUAGAUGAAUUUGCAUGAUUACUUAGUUAAUAGAGAUUUGGUGAUCUGGUUCAAGUAGGGAAUUAUUGAGGACAGUUAGCAGUAUUAACAAUGGGUUAUUAAUGAGCUGAAAAUUUUUUCUGGAGGGUGUUGCCUAACCAUUUGUUUUUCAGGAGCAAUCAAUAUAAAUAAUUACGGUACUUUAAAUGUUAGGUGUUAGGCAUCUACGUGACCAGUGCCAUUUGUAAUACUGUCUUCUUUGUUAGGAGUCUCGCUCUCAGUCAAAAUCUCCAACGGGAACUCCUGCUCGUGUAAAAUCGGAGAGCAGGUCAGGAUCUCGUAGUCCAUCAAGGGUUUCCAAACAUUCUGAAUCCCAUUCUCAAUCAAGAUCAAAAUCCAGGUCGAGGUCAAGGAGGCAUUCUCAUAGACGCUACACUCGAUCCAGAUCCCACUCUCAUUCUCAUAGGAGACGAUCUCGAAGUAGGUCGUACACACCAGAGUACCGGCGGCGAAGGAGCCGAAGUCAUUCUCCAAUGUCUAACCGCAGAAGACACACGGGAAGCAGGGCAAAUCCAGAUCCCAACACUUGUCUUGGAGUUUUUGGCCUCAGUUUGUACACAACGGAGAGAGAUCUUCGUGAAGUGUUUUCUCGAUACGGACCGUUGAGUGGUGUCAAUGUAGUUUAUGAUCAGCGAACUGGGAGAUCUCGAGGAUUUGCUUUUGUUUAUUUUGAGAGGAUAGAUGACUCAAAGGAGGCUAUGGAAAGAGCAAACGGAAUGGAGUUGGAUGGGAGAAGAAUUCGUGUGGACUAUUCCAUCACCAAAAGAGCGCACACACCUACACCAGGCAUCUACAUGGGCAGACCAACUCACAGUGGUGGUGGCGGUGGCGGUGGAGGUGGCGGCGGAGGUGGAGGUGGCGGCAGACGUCGGGACUCUUACUAUGAUAGAGGUUACGAUCGUGGCUAUGACAGAUACGAAGACUACGAUUACCGGUACAGAAGACGAUCACCUUCUCCUUACUACAGUCGAUACAGAUCACGGUCAAGAUCUCGUUCCUACAGCCCAAGGCGCUAUUGAUAAUGGAAUGGUUGCAAUUAAGGACUUUUUUCCCCUCUCAUUAUUUUCUCUAUCUUUUGGUUUUUGUUUUUCUUUAAUUUUGGAUUUCCCCAAGUUUCUAAUACUUCCUAGUCCUUAAAAAAUCUUUGGUUUUUUAGCAUCUACACUUUGUCAAUUGUGUUGCUGUUUUCCACCCUUUUUAUUAUACUCUUAAAGAUGUGAUUGUCAUUUUGAGUAGUUAAACAUCUUGAGUAAAAAAAGGAAACCCCCAUGUUAUGCUUUGUAGAUGAUUUUUCCUUUUACAGAGGAUUAACUCCUAACUAAUCAAAUGAGAAGAAUGAUCUUUUUAAAGACCUCCUUUUGUGUUAGAUAUUGUAUUAGACAUUGUGUUAGAGACUUGGCAUUUCAUCAAACUUUUUUUUUAAACUUUAUUUUUGGGAACAUAGUAACACAAAAUAGUUCAGUCAUGUCAGGUUUGGGGUGGCAUGGAACAAAUAGUUGAGUGUAGAAGGUUUGAAGCUAUAGAAGAAAAUACUUGGACAUGUCUUUUGAAGAGGGAUCUUUUGAACUAUUAUAAACUAAGUCAUUUUUUUAUAGAUGAAAAACUUGUGGAUGCCUACAAAACGUAUUUCAAAUACAUCUGUUCAACCUUAGAAACUUAAAAGUGUGAUUUUGUGUUAAAAUUAUUGAAGCUUAAGUAUUCCCUUAAUCUGUGAAGGACAACCCUUAUUUAUUACAUAGAGCAAUUGUAUAAUUUGCUGUUAGAAAUUUUGGUAUUGGGAUAAUGGUUAAGCAGGCUAUUGUGUAGUAUAGAAAUUCUUAGAAGACACCUGUGGGGGAAAGUAGUCUCCUUCCAAAUAAAAGUUAAUAUCUUUGAAAA